AUGAUAGGUUCAUCAAAGAAUGUUGUGACUGAUAAAUUGCAAAGCACACAGUGGAUGGUGGAUACAACAUUUAGUAUAAAAGCUCAAUACAAGAAACUUCAAGGUGGUCCUAGCAGGCAGGCUCCAUGGAUUCAUCCUGUAUGGAACAGAUUUUCAACACCAAAGCAUAGAUUUAUUCUAUGGCUAGCAGUUCAGAAUAGAUUGAAAACCAAAAGUAGAUUCAUGCAAUUUGGUCUGAGCAAUGAUGAUAGCUACCCAGUUUGUAUGCAGAGUGCUGAAAACAUACAACACCUAUUCUUUGAUUGUGUGUUUAGUAACUGCUGUAUGAGAGAGAUUAUGGCUUGGCUUGGUUUUACUUGGAGGAGGAAGAGCCUUCUUCAAACAUGUCGCUGGAUGAGAAGCAGGUACACUGGCAACAGAUUCAAGAGACAAGUUGGUCUAGCUGCGUGUGCAGCUGUAGUUUACAAGGUGUGGCUGAACAGAAACAAAGCUACCUGGAACCAGACUGUGAAUACUAUUCAAUACACUGUAAAUGAAAUUAAGUACAUUGUGAAAAAUAGAAUUGUGCAGAUUCUAAGCACUAAGGUGAAAGAAACUGAUAGGAGAUGGCUUGAAUUACUGUAA